AAUAACACUAUGUUCUACAAGGUAUAGCAGGGCAUACAACACUACCCCGCAAUUUGACUCAACAAACCAUAUCUCAGGAUUUCUCAAACCAAACAUUACCAGCCAGAUAUUCUCAGUCAAUGCAGCAACAGUAUAGUACACAGUUGAUGAAUAACAGGGGGAUGACCGGCCAAAAAUCUGGUUCCCAGCAGCAGCUGAAUCAGAUUCAAUCCAUCAAUCAAUCCUUCCAUCUUCCACCAAGCAGCCAACAUAAUAUACAAUCAAUCAAUCAACACUUCGUCAAUCAGCAGGCUUCUCAACAAACUACAAAGCAUCUACAGCAACAGCAGUCACAGCAGAUGUUCCAACAACAGCAAGCAAUUCAACAACAUCAACAGCAAGCUGCUCUCAAACAACAGCAGCAGCAGCAACAAGCAGCUCUUCAACACCAGCAAUCUGUUCUUCAGCAGCAGCAGAAGCAUUCUUCUUUUCAGCAGCAACAACAAGCUCUUCAGCAACAACAACAAGCUCUUCAGCAACUUCUUCAACGACAACGAAGUGAGGAGGAUUCUCGGAAGAAAAGGGAGGAGACGGAGUUGCAGGAAAACAUGGCGGCAUUGCGUCUCAAUAAACAAGGAAUAGAGACGGGUGGAGACCAGGAUAGAACCUAUAUGAACGUCCAACCAGUGGCCAUAGUAGGGAAGGGUGGACGCAUCUUAAAACCCGGAGAUGUCAAGGAGAAUUAUCUUAAACAGGAAACUGGAGGCGGAAAGAAGGCCCCUGUAGUACCAAAGAGUCAGGAGGUCAAGUACAAGAAGGAACCGUUGUACAGUACUAUUCUACAGUUCCCCGGACCAGAUUCAAACCCUAAGCUGCUUGGCCCCAAUGUAUUUGAAGAUUGUGUUUACGCAAACUAUGCUCCUGCUUCACUCUACUCAAACUAUUCAAAUUAUAGUGAACUAGAGGUACUGCGAAGUACUGACUCCCAGUGUUCCAAUGAAGAUGAGCCAACAGAAGGACUCCCUAACCUAGGAGAUAGUCCUGUAUCCUCUAGCUACAGUGAGCUCAGACAGGCGAAUAUACUGGGUGUUCAUCCAACUGUUCCAAUGACCCAGGCUGCUGACGGAAGUAUUUACGAGCCUAUUCUACCUCCCAAGGGAAUUGCAGGUCCAAACUCAUUGCACUUCAAGACUCUAUCCAAUGGGUCAACCGACAGUGACUAUUUUGGAUCCUGUAUUGCCUGUGGGGGCAAAAUAAUAGGAGAAGGAGCUGGUUGCAGUGCAAUGGGACGGCUGUACCAUGUACAGUGCUUUACAUGUUCCGAGUGUGGUCGAUUACUGCAGGGCCUACCCUUCUAUGCUGUUGAAGGUGCUCCUCUAUGCGAGGCUGAUUAUACGAAUACUCUGGAACAAUGCUGUAAAUGCUUUCAACCUAUCCUAGAGAGAAUACUUCGCGCUACAGGAAAACCGUAUCAUCCAAACUGUUUUACGUGUGUAGCAUGCCAUAAAAGCUUAGAUGGAAUACCGUUUACCGUUGAUGCGACCAAUCAGAUUCAUUGUAUUGAUGACUUCCACAGGAAGUUUGCUCCUAGAUGCAGUGUUUGCCAGGAACCGAUAAUGCCAACGCCAGGUCAGGAGGAGACUGUCCGUGUGGUAGCUCUAGACCGGAGCUUCCAUCUGCAAUGCUACAGAUGUGUGGACUGCAACCUAGUGUUAUCAAGCGAAAGCGAGGGAAGGGGUUGUUAUCCCCUGGACAAUACAGUGCUUUGUAGGCAGUGUAAUACAAGAAGAAUACAAGCCCUUACUUCUAGUAUUCCACAGCAAUAAGAAUACAGUGUUUUGUAGGCAGUGUAAUACAAUAAGAAUACAAGCCCUUACUUCUAGUAUUCCACAGCAAUAAGAAUACAGUGCUUUGUAGGCAGUGUAAUACAAGAAGAAUACAAGCCCUUACUUCUAGUAUUCCACAUCAAUAAGAAUACAGUGCUUUGUAGGCAGUGUAAUACACGAAAAAUACAAGCCCUUACUUCUAGUAUUACACAGCAAUAAGAACACAGUGCUUUGUAGGCAGUGUAGUACAAGAAGAAUACAAGCCCUUACUUCUAGUAUUCCACAGCAAUAAGAAUACAGUCCUUUAUAUACAUUGUAAUACAAAAAUACAGGCAAUAGCUUCUAGUAGUCCACAACAAUAGGAAUACAGUGCUAAAAGCACUAGGCAGUGUAAUCAAAAUGGGCAGUGUAAUACAAGAAGAGCCCUUAUUUCUAGUAUUUCAUAGCAAAAAAAAAAUACAGUGCUUUAUAUACAUUUUAAUACGAGAAUACAGGCACUAGCUUCUGGUAUUCCACAACAAUGGGAAUACAAUGCUUUUUAGGCAGUGUAAUACAAGAAGAAUACAAGCCCUUAUUUCUAGUAUUCCACAGCAAUAAGAAUACAGUGCUUUAUUUACAUUGUAAUAAAAGAAUACAGGCACUAGCUUUUAGUAUUCCAGAGCAAUGGGAUUACAUUGCUUUGUAUUCUGUGUAAUACAAGUAAAUGUUAAAAGCUUCUAGUAUUCCAAAAAAGUAAGAACACAGUGCUCUGUAUUCUGUGUAAUACAAGCAAAAAUAACUUGUUAUUAGUUUUCCAAAAAAAAAUAGGAAUCGAGAUUUUUUUUACUUCAAGAUGACCUGCAGGUCAGGUCAUGGUACUUUGUCAGUUGAUUGUGAUAAAUUACAAAUUACAAAUUACAAAAAAACUUGUUCGAACUUCAACAUUCCUCUACUCGGUGGAGAUGGCGCAAUGCUGUUAUUUUAUUCCAUUUUAAUUAUGUUUUGCUGAAGUUUUGUCUUCCUGGAAAAAUCUCAUAAUAUAAUCUCUAUUUACA